AUGAAGGACCAACUACUACAACUCGCAAAGAGAAAACUAUACGAUAACAAAAGCUACGAUCCAUCAGAUGUGUUGGUGCUAACCAUAGCUGCCUCAAUAAUCUGGCUCAUGAUACCGGGUCUCGCAUUUCUAUACUCGGGUCUAUCACGAAGAAAAAACGCCUUGUCCAUGAUUUGGAUCGUCGCCAUGUCCAGUUUCGUUGGCAUAUUCCAGUGGUACUUUUGGGGGUACUCGUUAGCAUUCAGCAAAUCGAGCAAUUCGUUCAUUGGCAACCUUCAAUAUUUCGGAUUCAAAGAUCUAAUCAGUAGCAGUUCCGAAGCUAGUGGUACUGUUUACUCACAGAUCGCGUACGCGAUGUUCCAGUUGCAGUUCUUGUUGGUCACGCUAGCGAUCCUUGCGGGAGGAUGUAUUGGAGAAAGAGGCCGUUUCUUGCCGGCAAUGGUAUUCUUGUUUUGCUGGGCAACGAUUGUUUACUGCCCCGUGGUGUACUGGGUAUGGGGUGGUGGCUGGGCCUCCACCUUCAAAUCUGGAGCUCUUGACUAUGCCGGUGGUGGCCCUGUGGAGAUUCUUUCUGGUGCUUCUGCUUUUGUAUACUCUGCAUUCUUGGGAAGGCGGAAUGAUAACCUACUUAUCAACUACCGUCCACACAAUAUCAGUUUUGUUUACCUCGGGACGAUCUUGUUGUACGUGGGGUGGCUAUUUUUCAAUGGGUUCUCGUGUGCCAAUGCAAGUAUCAAAGUGCCGUACUCCAUGAUGAACACACAUUUGGCCGCCGGUUUUGGCGCUGUGAGUUGGUGCUUAUUGGAUUACCGGUUGGAGAAUAAGUGGUCAAUGGUUGCCGUUUGUUCGGGUUGCAUUUCUGGUCUUGUUGCAGCCACGCCUAGCUCAGGCUGUAUCCCUCUUUGGGCAAGUGUCAUAGUGGGAGUUGUUGCUGGUGUCGUUUGUAACUUGUCGACAAAGAUCAAGUACUUGUGUCGUGUUGAUGAUUCCUUGGACGUGUGGGCCGAGCACGGGGUUGCUGGAGUCAUUGGUCUCAUUUUUAAUGCCAUACUUGGGUCCAAGACAGUUAUCGGAUACGAUGGAGCUACUGACCACGAGGGAGGCUGGAUCGAUCACAAUUGGAAGCAGUUGUAUAUCCAGAUUGCAUACAUCUUGGCAUGCUUAGCCUACUCUGCCGCCGUGACUGCUGUUCUUUGUUUUGUUAUUGACCAUAUUCCUGGCUUGCAUUUGAGGUUGAAAUACGAGGAGGAGGAAGUGGGAGUGGAUGAGUCGCAAAUUGGCGAGUUUGCUUACGACUAUGUCGAAGUUAGGAGGGAGUUUUACCUGGGAUUCAACGGUGAGACUGAUGAGGUGGCAAUGGAUGAAACAAACUUGGGCGCUAGGCGCCACUCGGAUGAGCGUAGUAAUAUUAUCAAUGGAGUUGCAAAUUCGUCAACGACAAGUCUAUCUAAGGACGAGAAAGCUAAGCACGAACAAAACAACAAGUCGAGUGCCGAGUCUGAGGAUCAUGAGGUGAGGUCAUUCCGUCCAGAAGAGGAGACGAGUAGAGAUAAAGUAAAAGAGGUACAGUAA